CACUUUUCAAGCCAUUGCUGAGAUGGGCUUCCCUUAAUUUGCAUGAUCCCAGAGGAAAGUCAGUUUUGCUGAUGCCUUCAUGCUGAAAUAUCAUCAGCUUUCUUUCUUCAGAAGGACUAAAUCAAACUAAAAGUGUCAGUGGCACAUCUUCAAGCUCCAUGGAGGCAAGGCAACGAUCGCUAGAAGAUGCAUGUAAAAGGAGAUUACACAAAAUUAGAGUCAAGGCAAUUGAGAAGCCCUUCCAACUGGUCUCAUUACAAGAAAGAGGAGCAAAAUACAGGCUUCAUCCAUUGAAAUUAAUCCUGUUUUUCAUUCUACUAGGCACUCUUCUGAAAAUUAUCUUCUCUCCAGCUGUUUGUAUUGGUGACAGUAUACCACAAGCAGUUUCUCGGUGGAUAUGGGGUGGAGUGGAUCCUCGUUAUAUAUCACAUGUUGAUGUUAAUUGGGAUGAAGUCUCCAAAGUUGUGAAGAAGAUGCCAGAUAACAAUAACAUUCAACGAGUUGGCCUUCUCAAUUUCAAUAGAAGUGAAGUUAGUCAAUGGAAACAGUUUAUUCCUUAUGCCAAUCACACAAUCCUGAGGCUAGACUUUGCUGAUAGUAAUAUUACCUGGGAAUCCUUGUUUCCUGAGUGGAUUGAUGAAGAACAAGAAGAUGAACUUCCCAGUUGCCCUUCUUUACCGAAGAUCAAAGUGCCUGAAAAGCGGCUUGAUCUUAUUGCUGUUAAGCUUCCUUGCAAAAAUGAUGGUAAUUGGUCAAGAGAUGUUGCUAGGCUACAUUUGCAGCUAGAAGCUGCCAAUUUAGCUGCUGCUUCCAAAGGCAAUUACCCUGUUAACUUGCUGUUUGUUACCCAAUGUUUUCCAAUACCAAAUCUAUUUCCUUGCAAGGAGCUUGUUGCACGGGAAGGUAAUGCAUGGUUGUACAAGCCAAACUUGAAUGUAAUCAGAGAAAAACUUCAGCUCCCAAUCGGAUCUUGUGAUCUUGCUCUACCUCAUGGCAAUUAUGAACGAGACAAUGCAGUCAAAAAGCCCCGAGAAGCUUAUGCUACAAUCCUUCAUUCAGCUCAUGUCUAUGUUUGUGGAGCAAUUGCUGCAGCACAAAGUAUUCGCAUGGCAGGGUCUACCAGGGAUCUUGUUAUACUUGUUGAUGACACCAUUAGCGAGUACCACAGAAGUGGACUUGAAGUUGCAGGAUGGAAAAUCCGAACAAUACAGAGAAUAAGAAAUCCCAAAGCUGAGAAAGAUGCGUACAAUGAAUGGAACUAUAGCAAGUUCAGACUAUGGCAACUGACAGACUUUGAUAAGAUCAUAUUCAUUGAUGCUGAUCUUCUCAUACUUAGGAACAUUGAUUUCCUAUUCAAAAUGCCACAGAUCUCAGCAACAGGCAACAAUGGCACACUUUUCAACUCUGGAGUUAUGGUGAUAGAGCCAUCAAACUGCACAUUCCAUCUGUUGAUGGAACAUAUAAAUGAGAUUGAAUCAUAUAAUGGCGGAGACCAGGGCUACUUGAACGAAAUAUUUACGUGGUGGCACCGGAUUCCAAAGCACAUGAACUUCUUGAAACAUUUUUGGAUUGGUGAUGAGGAAGCAGUGAAACAGAAGAAAAUUCGUCUAUUUGGAGCUGAGCCACCAAUUCUUUAUGUCCUUCACUAUUUAGGAUAUAAACCAUGGUUGUGCUACCGCGACUAUGAUUGCAACUGGAAUGUUGACAUAUUACAAGAGUUCGCGACUGAUGUUGGUCACAGAAGCUGGUGGAAAGUGCACGAUGCAAUGCCAGAGCGAUUGCAGGACUUCUGUCUAUUGAGUUCAAGACAGAAAGCACAGUUGGAGUGGGACAGAAGACAAGCUGAAAAAGCAAAUUAUACAGAUGGUCAUUGGAAAUUGAGAAUCGAAGAUCCUCGUUCUAAGAAGUGCAUUGACAGGUUAUGCAACUGGAAGAGCAUGUUGCGCCACUGGGGGGAGAAGAAUUGGACAUAUGAUCCGCAUUUCUACCCUACACCACCAUCCAUUACCACAGCAUCUCUUUCCAGUUAGUGAUAAUACAAUUUUACAUCCUUCAAACCGUUCAUAAAUUUUUUCCACUACAAUAAGAUGCUACAAGUUACCUUUUUUUUUUUCAAUCAGUUUUUGGUUCUUGUCUUUUCAAUGUCCAAUCUGGGAGUAUGCAAUAGCUAUUCUUCUUCAAUUGCAGCUCCUAUUCAUUGUCCAACAAUUUAGGAAGGGAAUUAGUCAUUUUUCCCUCACAA